UGAUUACUACUUAAGAGUCGGGGCUCGGCCGCUCAUUGGCUGAAUUUGCUCUCCACCCUUUUCAGCAACUUUUCAGGGAAAAACCUGUAAUUUCUGCAUUUGUCGAUUUCAUUACUGUAACAGUUCCCGAGAACGACCUACAGGACGGCAUCUUACCUGCUGUAGACAUCAUGCAUAAGGUUUUCUCCCGAUUCAAUGGCCCAUGUUUGGAUCGGGUAAAAUACUCCUACAAUGCCUUUACUGGCUUGGCAAAAUUCCAUCGGCCUAGUGGUGCAUUACUUAAAAAGUCUGCAGUUAAACACACAGCCCCUGACCUCCCUGAGAUGCCCCCAUGUAGCUUUACUCCAGAAGUAUACAAGGACAUGUCCAAAGAGCGUAUGAUGGAGAUUCGGAGACAGUACUGCAACCCAAUGACCAUGAAAGUGACCUACUACAAGAAGCCAGUGUACAUCCACCAGGGACACAUGCAGUGGCUGUGGGACGUGGACGGGAGGCGCUACCUAGACCUGUUCGCUGGCGUUGCCACUGUCAGCGUGGGGCACUGCCACCCAAAGGUGACAGAGGCGGCAGAGAAGCAACUGCGAAAGCUGUGGCACACAACUAACAUCUACGUGUAUUCCCCUCUGCAUGAGUACACUGAGAAGCUCGCUGCCACCCUGCCAGACCCGCUGAAGGUUAUCUACCUGACAAACAGUGGCUCUGAGGCCAACGACAUGGCUAUGCUCAUGGCUAGGCUACACACAGGAAACUUUGACGUCAUCACACUGAGGGGGUCCUACCAUGGUGGCAGUCCACAUACUAUGGGUCUCACCUCCAAUGCAGCCUAUAAGUAUCCUGUUGCCUCUGGGUUAGGCUGCCACAAUACCAUGUGUCCUGAUGUAUUUGCUGGCCCAUGGGGAGGAAGCAACUGUAGAGACUCCCCAGUCCAGACCAUUAGGGACUGUAGCUGUCCUCAAGGAUCAUGUACGGCGAAUGACAAAUACAUUGGGCAGCUGAACGAGGUCUUUGCCACCAGUGUUCCCAGUCGUAUCGCAGCUUUCUUCGCUGAACCUAUUAUGGGAGUUGGAGGAGCUGUCCAGUACCCCAAGAACUUCCUGAAGGAUACCUACAAACUUGUGAGGGAGAGAGGUGGGGUCUGCAUUGCAGAUGAGGUCCAGACAGGGUUUGGCCGCACAGGAAGUCACUUCUGGGGGUUCCAAGGUCAUGAUGUCAUACCAGACAUGGUCACCAUGGCAAAGGGCAUCGCUAAUGGCUUUCCUAUGGGAGCGGUUGUCACGACACCUGAGAUUGCCGCUUCAUUUGCCAAGGGAGUUCACUUCAACACGUUCGGCGGUAAUCCUGUGGCUUGUGCCAUCGCCUCAUCUGUUCUGGAUACCAUGGAGGAGGAUGGCACGCAGCAGAUCAGCCACGAUGUGGGGACUUAUCUGCUGACAGAGCUGGCCAAGAUGAGGGACAAGUAUGAGAUCAUCGGGGAUGUCCGAGGGAAGGGACUGCAGAUUGGAGUGGAGAUGGUGAAAGAUAAGGCGAGCCGCAAACCUCUCCCACCAGCAGCCAUGAGCGAGAUCUUCGAAGAUACCAAAGACAUGGGUGUUCUGAUUGGGAAGGGAGGAGUGUAUGGACAGACAUUCCGGAUCAAGCCCCCUAUGUGUAUCACCAGGGACGAUGCAGACUUCUUCUUGGCUGUGUUUAACCAGGCCCUACACAACUACAUGGAAGAUCAUCAUUAGGCCUGGCUUUCACCUGGUCACUUCUUUCAGAUAGAUCAAAGGAGGAGUAUAGAUUUUAGGCAACUGAGAAAAAGACAGGCACUUCAAUCACCAUUCAUCCAUGUGAAUAAGAAAGACACUAGAGGACCCUCAUCUCUCCCACACGAUGCAGGACAUCAUCAACGAUCAAAAGCCCUACAUACAAAAUGCAUGACGAUGGCGUUUGAGGUAGCCUGGACCCAGGUCUGUUUUGUCUUACAUGACCACGAUCAUAGGAGUUGGGUUUUACAGCACAAACAGAUCUGGGACCAGGCUAGCGUUGGGGUGUCAGUCCACUGGAUAUGAGCCUUAACCAGAUUUAGAUAUGGCACCAUGCUUUCUGUUGUUCAAAUUGACUCCAUGCAGACACGGGCUGGAAUGUGGUUUUAACCAAUAAGCAUUCAGGAUUAGACUCACCCGCUGUAUAAUGUUCACUACAUGUAGCUUUUGAGGCACAUAAAUGAGUUGAUUGUAAUCACAUGUAGAAAACCUGGAGGGAAAACUGUGUUUAUGUGAAGAUUUACUGACAUCUGUUUGUCUCUGUACUGAAACUAAUUUUGUUGUAGGUUUAAAAUGUGUAUAUAUUUUUUUAAAUGUUAUUGAUUAGUCUUAACUGUGAAUAUAUUCACUUUUAACCCGAGGAAAGGAAACUAGUCAAAUAAAUCCAUGGUACACCUGCCCACAUACUGCCAGUGAGAGAGCCAUGGACAAACUUUGGGUCAAAAUCUGAAAUAAAGUUGACCAGUAUUUUUA